CCAAUAGGAAGCUAGGAAUCACCAUACGUCGUUUGCUUACACAAACAAAUAACAUGGCAGACCCUUCUGAAAACCAUCUUUAAGUCUAAAUAUUCAACUCGUUUCCAAGGAUUACGAGGUAUUCUUUUGUGCUUUGCAGCCGAUAUUAAAACCCAUGGUUAUGGAAUUAUGGCACGAGCUCCUGGGCACUUCUGCGCCGUCCCAUGUCUGCAUUCUGGCCUUGACAGUAUUCGUGGCCGUCUAUUAUCUAAUGCACACAUUUCGCAAACACCAGGAUGUCUCCAAUAUUCCUCCUGGUCCUAAACCAUGGCCAAUAGUUGGAAAUUUCGGCGGGUUUCUGGUUCUCAAUUUAAUCUGGAGGAGGUUUGGAGGCUGGGGAGGGAAGGACGUCCCAAAAUCAAAGACACGAGCUCUAAUUUCGCCUCAAGUUAUUAUCACGGAACAAGCUAAGGUUUACGGUAACAUCUACAGCAUGUGGGUAGGGAGUCAGCUGGUAGUAGUACUGAACGGAUAUGAAGUGGUCAGGGAUGCCCUCUCAAACCGGGCAGAUGUGUUCUCCGACAGACCAGAUAUUCCCACCGUUACCAUCAUGACAAAGCGGAAAGGCAUAGUUUUUGCACCUUAUGGACCAGUAUGGAGAAGGCAGCGCAAGUUCUGCCACACCACGCUGCGGAACUUUGGCCUGGGCAAGUUGAGCCUGGAGCCCUGCAUCCUUGAGGGGCUGGCUGUGGUCAAAUCUGAGCUGCUGCGUCUCAGCGAGGAAGAUACUGAGGGUUCAGGAGUGGACCUGACCCCUCUGAUAACUAACUCUGUGUCCAACGUAAUCUCCUACAUCGCCCUGGGCCAGCGCUUCCACCACACUGACCGGGAGUUUGGCGCCCUGCUGGACCUGAUGGCCCGCGGCCUAGAGAUCAUCGCCAACAGCGCGGCGGUCCUCAUCAAUGUCUUCCCCCUGCUCUACUACCUGCCCUUCGGUGUCUUCAGAGAGGUACGGCAAGUGGAAAGGGACAUCACUGCCUUCCUGAAGCAGAUCAUCACCAGACACAGAGAGACAUUAGACCCAGCCAACCCCAGAGAUCUCAUAGACAUGUACCUGGUAGAGAUGCUGGCCCAGGAGGCCGCUGGGGAGACGGACAGUAGCUUCUCAGAGGACUAUCUAUUCUACAUCAUAGGAGACCUCUUCAUCGCUGGUACUGAUACCACCACCAACACAGUGCUGUGGAUGAUGCUCUACAUGGUCGUGUAUCCAGAUAUCCAAGAGAGGGUGCAGGCGGAGAUCGAUGCAGUGGUGGGCCCAGACAGGGUCCCGUCUCUCACUGAUAAAGGCAGCCUGCCGUUCACGGAGGCCACCAUCAUGGAGGUGCAGAGGAUGACUGUGGUGGUCCCCCUGGCCAUCCCUCACAUGGCCUCAGAGACCACAGAGUUCCGUGGCUAUACGAUCCCUAAGGGCACAGUGAUCAUCCCCAACCUGUGGUCUGUCCAUAGGGAUCCCACUGUGUGGGAGGAGCCAGACGACUUCAACCCCUCUCGUUUCCUAGACGACCAGGGGAAUCUCCUGAGGAAAGAGUGCUUCAUACCGUUCGGAAUAGGACGCAGGGUGUGUAUGGGCGAGCAGCUGGCUAAGAUGGAGCUGUUUCUGAUGUUCACCAGCCUGCUGCAGGCCUUCAGUUUCAGACUGCCCGAGGGGCUGGCCCCUCCUCCCAUGCACGGGCGCUUUGGCCUCACCCUGGCCCCCUGCUCAUACACUGUGACUGUGAGGCCCCGGCGGUGAGGCCACCAGACGAACAACAACCGCUGACACUGUCAUUAAGCCAUAAGGCACAAGAGGAAGUGGUGUAUCAUGAAUACAGUCACAGGUAAACGGCGUUAGUUGGCCCGAUCCGACAGCAUCGGCCAGUCAACCCAUUUGUCUGUAACUGUAUUCAUGAUACUGCCUCGUGCCUUAUUGCUUUUAUAAAACUGUUACUAAAAUAACAAUUAAUUACAUAUUUUAAUUAAAACAUUAUUUUGAUAAGUCAA